AUGUCUGCAACAGCCACGGAUCAGAGCCACGGUGCAGGUUGCCUCUCGCCCGAACAGCUGCUGCGAUAUCAACGCGAUGGCUACCUUCGCAUUCCCUCCUUUUUCGCUUCCCAAGCUGCCGAUGUUCUCCUUCGCGCAAAGCACAUCAUCAACGCUUUCGAUCCCUCUGGACAUCCCAUGACCAAAUUCUCCACUGGCGAUGGAUCAUCAUCAUCAUCUGCUGCUGCUGCUGCUGCUGCUGCUGCUGCUGGGGAAGCGAAACAUACGGGGGAUGAUUAUUUUUUGAAUAGCAAUGAUAAGGUCAGAUGGUUCUUGGAAGAGGACGCGGUGGGAAAGGAUGGCAAGCUGAACAGGCCGCCAGAGCGCAGCGUCAACAAGGCUGGUCAUGGUGAGUGUGGAAACAUGCCACGUGCGAUCGAUUUCCCCCAUGGCGAGCACAGCGCUGGCCCUCUCCGUCUCCGUCUCGGCCAAUCACGAUGCAAGGCCGACGGCCGACGACUGCGAUCCAGGCCCAGGCCCGCGCUAUGAGUCGAGGUGAUGGUGUUGCAUGGGAGGAUCGAGGAAAUAUGCAGGCCGUCUGAGACAAGUCCUCAGCGUUUCAAGCUCGCGCAAUUCGAAUUUCACUUUGUUUCAUCCUGUCUCACCCUGUCCCUGUCCCUGUCCUCUGCUGUCCCCACGCCCACGCCCACGCCCACGCCCACGCCCACGCCCACGCCCACGCCCGCAGCUCUCCACACCCUAGAUCCCACCUUUCAUGCCUUUACAUUCUCUGAGCGCGUGCAGAAUCUGGUCAGGAGCGUAGGGGCGCACAUCGAUCCGCGCGUCUUGCAAUCCAUGAUUGUGAGUAGUCACGUGGUGGUGGUGAUGAUGAUGAUGAUGGGAACAGGGAACAGGGAACAGCAGUCGGCGAUUGGGAGGGGGGGAGCACAAGCAUCUCUGUGCUCGUCGGGGGCAGGAGAGUUUCGCGCUGCGCUGCGCUCUGCCAUCUGAUCUCUCUCUUUCAAGCACACGAGCACGGCAGCAGCUCAGAGCUCCAGCUGACAAUGUUGCAAACCUACGUGCUGGCGCUUCUUCUCGCUCUCUCGCUCGCUCACUUCGAACAGAUUUGCAAGCAGCCUUGCAUAGGCGGGGCAGUGCCGCCUCACAACGAUAGCACCUUCCUCUACACCUCUCCUCCCACUGCCAUGGGUCUAUGGUUCGCUCUGGAACCUUGCAAAGCGUCCAACGGUGCGCUCAGCUUCCUACCCGGCUCUCAUCGUUGGCCCGUCGAUCAACAAGUGGACGCGGGUGCGGGCGCGGUGGGCAGGGACCGAAGACCGCCUUUGGAUGGUCAAGAGGCGCGAUUCGGAGUGCAGAGAGGUAUAAACAGACGAUUUGUUCGCAGAGAUGCAACAGCAGCAGCAGCAGCAGCAGCAGCAUUGGAUGGGUCGGCAUCCGGCACGGAAUUUCUAGCCUUUAACGAAGAAGACGACGACGACGAAAAGGCGGCGACGGCGGCGGGGGCGGGGGAAGAGGCGAUGUGGUCGGAUGAUGAAGCAGAGCUGGUAGAGUGCGAACCGGGAGAUGUGGUGCUGAUCCACGGCAGCGUCCUUCACAGAUCCACGCGCAACACGAGCGAAAAGAGCAGAUUCAUCUACACUUUUCACAUCAUCGAAGGAGAUCAGAGCAGAGCAAUCUACGAUCGCAAAAAUUGGCUCUGGCCUCCUCCUUCUGAUGGCGAUGAUGAUGAUGAUUCCCAAAAAGGCUUUGCCAAACUCUUCCAUCCUCCCCCCGCACCGCGCGAAGCUGACUUGUUCUUGAACAAGUAA